AUGUCCCUUGCUGACGUUUCACGGAAACCAAUGUUCUCUUACAAAGCUUUCUUAGUCGUUGUUGCAGUGCUUGUCGGGCGGGCCGCUUCUCAGGUCAAGAUCCCUCCUAUAACGCUGGGCCCACCCGUACCGACAGCCUCUCAACCGACGACGCCGGUGACGAUUACUUCCAGCUCGCCACCGCCUGCGACGCCUACGUCUUCGCCGCCAGAGAGCACCACGUACCCUGGGGUCAGCUGCUGGCUGACGACUGUCACUUUUGCUCCUCCGCCAGCCGAGACCGGUACUGUGCCUGUUUGGGGCCAAUGCGGCGGCAAGGGUUUCUCCGGUCCGUCCAUCUGUGCGUCUGGGCUGACGUGCGAGUAUAUCAACGACUGGUACUCCCAGUGUCAGCCGGCGAAAACUGCGAGGACGCUGACUGUCUGUACAUGA